AUGGUCGAAAAACAGCACGGUAACUCAGUGAGCCGAAAAGAUCUGGGCAAAUUCACACUCGGCUUAGCUCGAUGCAUUGUUGUUUUUGAUGGACAGGUGCCUGAUGUUGAACUAGCGGAUUUUUGCGGCCGUCAGCAAGGAGCUCGAGGAAAUGCAGUUGGUGCGGAAGGUGAGGGACAUGCAUGCUCGUACACAGCUGCAUUCCCAUCACAAAUGACCCACCUGCCAAAACAAACAACAGAGUGGACGGUCGGUCGGCCGCCUCCCAUGGGUAAAUUAACGCACCGUUACAUCAGCGGCACCGAUCCACAACACAUUACGUGCCUCAUUAUUGGCGGCUUAUUCUUGCUUUGCGCAGCCUAA